UACCUUACCACAUAUAAAAAAGUCGUGAGCGAAAUGUUUUCUUGCUGUCGCGCUAAUUCUAAAAGUUCAAAACUAUCGAAAAAAGACAAAACUAGUAAAAAUGGUGAAGAGCAUGAAGCACAAGACGAAACCACAAAUGAUCGAAAACGAAUAAUACCAACGAUAAAAAUCGAAUCCGGCAAAACGAAUGACUCCAUCGACGAAACUAAUUCCUCCCUCCAAAACGGAAAUGAAACAGAAAGUUCUACGAAUAACACAAAAUCAGUGCUGAACAAUGAGACAGAACGAGAUGCGACAGCAACGGCGGAUCUUGCAACUGUUGAAAAUAGCCAAAUUGAUGAGCAAAGCAAAUCAUCUGCGACGACGAACGUCGAUAAUAAAGCUAACGCAAACAUAAAUAAGGUGAAUUUCGAUGAAACCUCAACGGCCAAAACUGCCAUUUCUGCGGGGCCUGCGACUCUAGCGACUGGGCCUCAGGGCCCACAGGCAGAAGAAGUUUUUAUUGGUUUGAAAAGUCAGGGAGAGGAUACAGCAGGCACCACGCCAGUAAAGAGUUGCCUGUCGCGCCACAAUUCCAUGCAUACAUCCAUUAAGAAAAAAGUGAAUAUCAGCACACAAGCUGAAAUAAUUGAACCAGAUCCUUUGCCUCCGCACCCGUACGAUCCUGCUUCAUUAACAGUUGACGAUGACGAUGUCUUCUCCGAUUCACUGCCACCUCCAAAACGUGAAAGCAUGUGUGCACCUUAUAUUGAGCCCAGUGAGAUUCCAGAGUCGGUGGCAUAUGGUCAUGGACUGCCCGAUUGGUUCAACGAUGAAAGGAUUAACGACAUUGGUUGCAUUGAGCCACCUGUUACGCCUGUUGGCCGCGACGAGCUGGAACUGAGGCGUCAGCGUCUGUACACAGAUCUUUUGCGUGCCGCACAUGCAGCCGUGGAGCAUAACGUGCGUUUCACCACGUUUACAUCCGACUUAAUCCUUCCACAUCAAUUGUAUCAAGCAGGAGAUUCCGCAGCUGGAGAGAGGGGAGGAGGAGGCGGAAUAGAAGCUGGAGAUUGUGAUCCUGACCUAAAGCCGUCUGUUGCAGAAAAUCUUGAGCACUUAGUAAAUCGUUUAGAGCAUCUAGUUGAACGUUUGGAACGUUCAGUGUCGGCGCGGGAGUUAGAAAUUGCAAAUCGUACAUUCGAUACAGUUUUAGCGAAGAAGUGUGAAAGCUUCGAUUUAGAGAGCACGGAAUUGCCGCCUUUACCCGUUGAGUCGCUUACGGAGCAAUUAUCGCUGCAGACUGAAAACCUAAACGACCGCAUCGGAAAGAUAGAAACUACUCUAAAUCGCAUCAACGAUCGGCACAGCAGUAGUCUGAGCACUAGCAUCAGCCAAUACAGUCAACAACAAAGGGACCAAGAAGAAAAACAACGAUACACAGAGGGCAGUCUCGAGAAUAUACCAACCGUACUUGAAGACUAUCAGGUGUCACCGCGACCAUUUUCCACUACCGAAGAGGAUUCUUUGCUGUUACCGUCGCCGCCCGACAUGAGUGUACUAGGUUUUCAGGAUAUCAUCAGUGGACCGCUGAGGCAAUACUUGGCGCUUUCAGAGAAAAUUGGUGGCGAUGUAGCGAAGCACGCGCAGCUAGUUAAAUUGGCCUUUAACGCGCAACUGCAAUAUGUUACGUUGGCCACGCAAUGCGCCCAACCGAGCCAGGAUAAGCAGAUGGCAUUAUUGCAGCCAACUUCGACCCAAAUCAGCGCCAUUCAGGAUUAUCGUGAGAAAAAUCGCGGUUCAGUGUUUUUCAACCAUUUGUCAGCAAUUAGUGAAAGUAUCCCAGCGUUGGGUUGGGUGUGCGUGUCGCCCACACCUGGACCUCAUGUGAAGGAAAUGAACGACGCCGGUCAAUUCUAUACGAAUCGUGUGUUGAAAGAGUGGAAAGAUAAAGACGCUACCCAUGUAGAAUGGGCGCGUUCUUGGAUCCAAACAUUGACUGAAUUGCAAGCAUAUAUUAAGCAAUAUCAUACCACUGGACUGGUGUGGUCCGGUAAAGGUGCCGCUCCGACUGGAGCGGCUGCACCACCACCACCUCCAAUGGGCGCUUGUCCACCACCACCGGCAUUCGAUAUGGGUGCACUGUCACUGGAAGAUGGUAGCGCAGACGAUCGUAGCGCUCUUUUCGCCCAGAUCAACCAGGGCGAGGCUAUCACAAAAAAUUUAAAGAAAGUAACAGAUGACAUGCAAACUCAUAAGAAUCCUACAUUGCGCACCGGGCCAGCACCAUUCAAGACACCCACACAAUUCGGUUCGUCCACCGCAGAUGGAAGACCUGCUCCCGCUGUUGCAAAAGAACCAGUAUUUACACGUGAUGGAAAAAAAUGGUUGAUUGAGUAUCAACGCAACAAACCCAAUCUGAUGGUGGAUAAUGCGGAAAUGAACAAUGUGGUGUAUAUGUUUAAAUGUGAAGGUUCAACUUUAACCGUCAAGGGCAAAGUAAAUAAUGUGGUCUUGGACUCGUGUAAAAAAUGCUCUCUGCUGUUUGAUUCUGUUGUGGCAUCUGUAGAGUUUGUUAACUGUCAGAGUGUCCAAAUGCAGGUUCUUGGCUUUGUACCAACUAUUUCCAUUGAUAAAACUGAUGGCUGCCAAAUGUAUUUAUCGAAAGAAUCAUUCGGCGUGGAAAUAGUAAGCUCCAAAUCUUCAGAAAUGAAUGUUAUGCUCCCCCAAGCCAGUGGCGAUUAUACUGAGUUGGCUUUACCGGAACAAUUCAAGACAACAAUUUCGGGACAAUCCCUGAAGACUAUUUGCGUCGAGAGUCUGGGCUAAAAUAAGAAAAUGCGGUAGAUGGAUGCAAAUGGCUGAUAUUCAUCAUAGGCAUAUCUAAUAAUAUAUUUACAGCUAACAAACAAACACAUAUUAAGCCAAUUUGCUACUCCCAAACUACUUUUUUAUAUCAUAAAUUCGAAGCAUCGUCGAUGUUUCCAAAAAUAUUAACUGAAAAAAUGAUUCGAUAUAAUCAAGAGCUACGAUUUAGAAAAAUUAAAAUUAUAAGUUUACAGUUUCUUGAAGUGUAACCUUGGCGUAUUAUAACAUAAAAUAUUUAUAUUAUUACAUUUCUUGUUUACACCAAUUUGUACCCCGGAAUAUAUAGAUACUAAAUGUAA